AUGCACUUUAGAAAUAUUCUUAUUGUUUUGGUUUACUUGGCCUCUUUUAUUUCCGCCAUUACCAAUGAGCCAAAGAAUAAAGCCAUUGGUAUUAUUAUUGAUAGGUUAGAAAAAAAUACUGAGACUUUGAAACUCAAUGGAAGUGACUCUUCAAAAAUUACUACAUUUUAUGAGGAUAUUUACGAAAUCAACGAGCUAUUCUCCACCCUUUACUCUUCCUUUCAGUACCCACAGAAUGAAUUGGCAACUAAAGCUAUAGCUACAUUGUUUCGUUUGAGGCUCACUGAAAAGGAUGAAGUUACCAUUGAUUACAUGGAGGAUAGAUUAUUCCGUAUCAAGAAUACUUUGAAGUACGCACUGGACACAAAAGACAGAAUGCCAAUGCAUACCAUUGCAGAGAUGCAGGGUAUUCUAACAAGAAAUAGAGAUUGGUUGAUUGCUACUUCUUCACAGAUUUUUAACAAGAAUCAGGACGUUGUUAAGGCUAUGGCAGACGAUUUCCCAGAGUGCCCACCACCUUUGGCGGUAGAGAGUAGCGCACCAAAACUCAUCGCACUCCUAACAGACGGCAUGAUUGUCCUAGCAUUACUCAAUAGUACAGUUGACACAUGCAUGGGUGGGUUUGAACCAUUAUGCGUCUUUGCCCUAUCAGCUGCAGGUACAGUUGCCGGUGUGUGGUUGAUGAAUGUGGUGAAGUAUUUUGUUCUCUGCAAGUGA